AUUCAGAAGAACCCCACUCCCAAAUCAACGAAACAAACCGUACGUAGACUAGGAUGGCGACGGCGGAGAAGGAACGUGCGGUCGGCGUACCAGAUUUAAAGCAUGCAUUAAUAGACGUUCCAAAAACAAAGAGGAAAUUGAUAAAAGGCUUUAACAAAUCAUCAGAACCUGUGUACGAUUCAGACACAGAUUGUUAUGACUCAGAGGAAUACAUGUUGUAUGCCAGACAGAAGAGUGAGAGUGAAUGCUUUGAUGUGUAUGUGGAGCCUCAUGGGGUAAUGUCUUCAUUUUGUGUUUACAAUGACCUCAGCAAAGUGGCACCUUAUCAAGUUGAGGAAUGUGAAGAUUUUGCGAGGAAGGCUGUUUUGUAUCACAACCUUAACAAAGAGCCAGAGAGUUCAGAUCUGGAGUUUGUCAAGCUUUUGAACUAUAACAUGCAGUUUGUCCCAAUCAAGGGUGAGAUGUUUUACCUAACCCUUGAAGCUAAGGAUGUGAAAGAUCGUUCUGUCAACUCCUAUCAGGCCAGGUUUUGGUGUGCUUACUUAUAUGAAAACAAUAAAUGGGAAUUGAUACCAGAGGUGCAAAUUUUUAGGAAGAGGAAGAACACUCCUAUUAUUGGGCAAGAUACCAAGCUCGUUACCAAAGGAAAAUCUAGGCCCUGUGGAUGUGGUUGCAAUGGAAGUGGUCCAUGCAGUAGUUGAUUGGCUUUACAGUGUUUUAUGUAUUGGGCACUAGAGACAGGUUCCUCUUGCUUUUGAUUUAAUUAUGUAGUCCCUUGUAUUUUACCUGUUUUUUUAGUUUUAAUGUUUUAAGUGCUAGUAAAAUGACAUGGUUUUG